GUUGAACUCAUAGUUGCUACCAUUGCCUUUGGAAUGGGGAUAAAUAAACCUGAUGUCCGACGAGUCAUUCAUUAUGGAGCACCUAGCAACUAUGAAUCAUACUAUCAGGAAAUUGGUCGCGCUGGAAGAGAUGGUUUGCCAUCAGUGUGUACUGUGCUAUAUUCCGUACAUGAUUUUUCAGUCCAUAGAUAUUUCUUAAGCCUCAUAAAAUCAGAGGAUUACAAAAAUCAUCGUAAGGUUAUGAUGAGUAAAAUGGAAAAGUUUUUGGAAUCCACUACCUGUCGCCGAGCAGAGAUUCUAUCACACUUUACAUCGAGGCCUCCUAGUAGUGAACCAAAGAAAGACUGUUGUGAUAACUGUACCAAAAAGUUGUCUGACCAUGAUGCUGAUAAAAGAAAAUCACGAGUGGAAUCUGCUCUUGAUGAUGAUGGGAAAUAUGACUUUACUGAGGACUCCUUGAAGCUCAUGAAGACAGCAGAGGCAUGUCACGGACAGUGUGCCAUUGGGUCACUUAUACAUAUACUUCGGGGCUCAAAUAAUCAGAGAGUGAAGCCACGUUGGAAGACUUUCUCAACAUUUGGUGUUGGUAAAAAACGUAAUGAAUCUUACUGGAAGGCACUUGCCAAGAUGCUAGUUUUUGCAGAAUACCUCUCAGAGACAACUGUAGGUGGAGGUGGAAACUUCCGAGGACGUGGUCGAGGCCAACAGGGUCGAUUUCAGUCCAAUUUCUCAUACGAUGCCAUUGGGGCCACCAGACAAGGAGAGAGUGCAUUGAUGAAUCCUAAGUGCAAGAUUCUUUUGAAGCCAUCAACCACAAUGUUAGACGAAAUGCGAUAUGUAAUAAAGAGAGAUGUCACCAAUAAUACUAUAUUUAACCCCAGUCACUUCCCAAAGCCUCAAACUAACAAGAAACUAUUGCCUAAAACUAGGGGCAUAAUGCCUGCCAAGGAGAUGAUUAGAGAUUUUACCAACACAUCAGAAAUAAAGGAAGAAAAGCAGAAAGGAGAAGAGCUCAAAGAUCCCCGUGAAAAGGAUUUAGAGGUUGAGUUAUAUAAAUCGCUGUUAAAGUUGAGGAAUCGUAUUGGAGAUGAAACUGGGUUUAUGCCAUACCUUGUUGCCACAAACAGAGUCAUGCUUCUGCUUACAUCUGAGAAGCCAACUACACUAGAUGCAUUAAGGAAAACUGAAGGACUGCCUGAGGCAAAAGUUAAGAAGUUUGGCCCUGCAUUCGUGGAACAUAUUCGAGCAUUCUGCAUGAAGAAUAAUAUAAGUUGUCUAAAUGAAGAGAGCAGGACAGAUAAGCUUCCUGUGAAUGAGGAAUCACAGCCUUCCACAAGUAACUAUACCACUGGUAAUCAACCAGAUAUGAAUUACUCCAAGAUGGGCACAUGUGUAGAGCAUGGAAGUACAUCAGGUUGGAUAUCUGCUUCUAAAACUAUUGUCACUGUUAGCAAUAGUGUCAAAUCUUCUUGUUCUUCAGACAAAGCAGACAGUUCUGUGGACACCUUAUGUAAACUAGAGAGUAGUACAAAGGAGUCUGAAGAAUCUAGAGGAGGAGAAAGAGAGAGAAAACCCAUGUCUAAAUUAAGUGAAAGCAUGCUAAAAUGUCCUUUAAAUUCUACAAAUUCUUCUGUAAAAUAUGAAGAUAACCAAUUUACACCAAAAUAUUCAGUACCUAGGAUGGAUGGAAAUGAUUUUCUUCCACUUGAUGUUUUCUCAUCCAGUGAGGAAACAGAUUUGUUUAGUGAACUUGAUGAAGAAACAUAUAUGAGUAAGACUGCAAGACCUAUUUGUUUAGACACUGAAGAUAAGUUGCCUGAACCAGAGACACAGAAACCUGAAGAGAAAUUGUUAGAACAAGCUCAACAGAAAAUAGAGUCACAUUCUUCCAGUAAUCAUUUACAGCUUACAAAAUUUCCAAAGGGCAACACUAGCAAAAAGAAAGGAGUAUCUUUUGAUACCUCAGAUACAGAAGAGGAAGGUAAUAGCAAUGAAGAUUCUCAAGAAAAGUAUGAACGUAUAAUUUCAGACACUAAAAGGAAAUUGAAAGAUAGUGGAUGGAUUGAUGCUCGUAAAAUGAAGAAGAAAAUGAGACAAAAUUCUCUCUUCAGAUAAAAGCCCUGUACAAUGUGUUGUUUAGAUCCUAAGAGUGCAUACUAUUUUAGUCUGUAAAUUACUUAUAUACAGUACAGGUAUCCCUCAAGUUAUGGAAGGGUAUUCCUGAAAAGUUUUCCCUAACUCAAAACCUAUUUUCCCAUUAAUUUUCAUUAUAUAAUUUGGAACACAUUUCUACAGACCCCCAACCCCCUCCAAAAGUCUUUUUAGUACUGUACUUAAAUAAUUGACAAACAAAAUUGUGAUCAGAGACAGGUUCCUACAAGAAAAAAUCUUUCUUAAAACAUAAGGAAAUAAGGGGUGUAAGGAAAUAAUGAUUAUAAUAUGAGUGAAUUACAUGAAUUACUGCAGUAAGUUAAUUUAAUCAUAAUUGAAAAGGUAUUCUAUGUAUGAUAAAACUGGGGUAAGUGACAAUGCUUGACAGUCAUUUUUGUUUUCAUCAACAUCAGGGCCAUCAUUUUCUAUGUCAGUACCAUCUUGUGUUGGCCUUGUCAUCCAUUUACUAUCUUUACUAUCAGUUUCAUGCACUAGUUGAUUAUGAUGUAUGGCAAAUAAGUGUGAUUCAUUAUCUGAACUUAUGAUGUGUUCUUCAUCACUGUUUUUGUGGCACUCGCCUUCUUUAGCAUAAUUUUGAAGAACUUGGUGAUGAGGUUUUUUUCUAUGUGGCAGUUACUUACUAUAAAGUAUAACUUUAUUGCUAUGUUCUGCACUACUAUACAGCACUCAAAUUUACUGUAUUAGACUGAUGUUUUGUAAUGUAAAUUUGUAUCCAUAUUUAUGUAAUUUUUCUUCAAUAUACAUCACAGGAUGUUCAUACAUGAUGCUAUGCACAUCAAAUGUCAAGACAAUAUUGUGGAGUUGCACUAGUUAUGCUUUGCCAACACUGGCUAAGUGGCAAGUCAGGCGAAUGAACUCAUAGAUUCAUUGGAUAACCAGUGAGUCUAGACAAUAUGGUGGCAUUUGUUUUCUGAGUGCAGUGCAGGCCAGUAUCACCAGUCACUUGUGUUAUCCAUAUCUGUCUUUUAUUACUGAAAAAGAAUUAUGGAUUUUAAACAGGUGUGCUGGCAUCUGCUCAGAGGACAAUGUAAUUAGAUUACAGGAGGUCCCCGGGUUACGUACGUCUGACUUACAAACAUCUGCCAAUGCAAAUGAGGUUAAACUUUAAAUUUACAGUACUGUACUGUAUUUUAUUUACUUGGUGACAUAUUUUUUACUUUCAUUUCCUUUAUUUUGUCAUUCUAUAAGGACUUAGGGUAUGAUAUACAGGUUGUAGCUCUCUAGUCCGGCAUUCUGUGGUCCGGAAACUCCCGUGGUCCGGAACAAUUUUAGUUUGCCCAAUACCCGGUAGGU